AAACGGUACAGGAGAGACGGCAAUGAGAAAACUCAUCUCAGUGUAGGAAACUGUUGCUGUUCACUAUAAAAUGAGGAUUGGUGGUUGGCAGCACUGGUAUGAUUCAUUCUAAAGCCUGGUCGAAGAAAAAAACAGACAGCAUCAGCACAACUGGUCCAUUUCCACUUGCUCAGCCUUUUUACCUGCAUCCACACCCUGUCUUUUCCCCAACAAACCUACAAACUCCAGGCUGGGCAAAGUCACACCAGUGCUCUGUGCCCCCCUCACGCCUGAGUUGCGGCCCACGCUGAGUGUUGCCGUGCGAUGGCGCGGCGGAACGCUGACACUUGCUGCCGUGGACUGUGAUGUCAGAGCCCAGCAGCCCGGGCGAGAGCCAGCGUGGCGCUCCCAGAUUCUUCGUGGGCUGCGAGGAGGAUGAGAGCGAGGGCCUGGACAGCUACGGCAGCAUGAGAACCGACAUGGAGCUGUACGAGGAGGAUGACCUGGAGGCAGAAACGCCUCCAGAGCGUCAAAUCGUGGUGGGCAUCUGCUGUAUGAUGAAGAAGUCUAAGUCUAAACCCAUGACUCAAAUCCUGGAACGUCUGUGCAAGUUUGAGUAUAUCACUGUGGUCAUCUUUCCCGAGGACGUCAUACUUAAUGAGCCGGUGGAGAAAUGGCCUCUCUGUGACUGCCUUAUCUCCUUUCACUCAAAAGGUUUCCCGUUGGAUAAGGCUGUAAGUUAUGCCAAACUCCGUAACCCACUGCUUAUUAAUGAUCUUAAUAUGCAGUACUACAUACAGGACAGGAGGGAGGUGUAUCGCAUCCUGCAGGAAGAAGGCAUCGACCUGCCACGCUACGCUGUACUGAACCGGGACCCGGAUAAACCUGAUGAGUGUAACCUAGUUGAGGGGGAGGACCAUGUGGAGGUGAAUGGUGAGAUUUUUCCCAAACCUUUUGUAGAGAAGCCAGUCUCUGCAGAAGAUCACAACGUGUACAUUUACUACCCGACCUCAGCUGGUGGAGGCAGCCAGCGUCUCUUCAGGAAGAUUGGGAGCCGAAGCAGUGUUUAUUCUCCAGAGAGCAGCGUGAGAAAGACUGGCUCUUACAUUUAUGAAGAGUUCAUGCCUACAGAUGGCACAGAUGUCAAGGUUUACACCGUUGGGCCUGAUUAUGCUCAUGCUGAGGCCCGAAAGUCUCCUGCUCUGGAUGGGAAGGUUGAACGGGACAGUGAGGGAAAAGAAGUACGAUACCCUGUAAUGCUCACUGCCAUGGAGAAACUGGUGGCUCUCAAGGUGUGCCUGGCUUUCAAGCAAACGGUCUGUGGUUUCGACCUCCUGCGGGCCAACGGACACUCAUACGUGUGUGACGUCAACGGUUUCAGCUUUGUGAAGAACUCCAUGAAAUAUUAUGAUGAUUGUGCCAAAAUACUUGGAAACAUUGUAAUGAGGGAGUUGGCUCCUCAAUUUCAUAUUCCCUGGUCUAUUCCAACUGAGGCCGAGGAUAUUCCCAUUGUCCCCACCACAUCCGGUACUAUGAUGGAGUUGCGUUGCGUAAUAGCAGUGAUCCGUCAUGGAGACCGAACACCAAAACAGAAGAUGAAGAUGGAAGUCAGAAAUCCCAUGUUUUUUGAGCUGUUUGAAAAAUAUGGUGGCUACAAAACUGGCAAGUUGAAGCUGAAAAAGCCCAAACAACUUCAGGAAGUGCUGGACAUUACCAGGCAGCUGUUGGCAGAUCUGGGGGAGCACAGUGACCAUGAGAUUGAAGAGAAGUCAUCAAAAUUAGAGCAACUCAAGACUGUCCUAGAGAUGUACGGCCAUUUCUCUGGGAUCAACCGGAAGGUGCAGCUGACGUAUCUUCCUCAUGGGCAGCCUAAAACUUCCAGUGAGGAGGAAGACACACGUAAGGAAGGGCCGUCUCUGCUGCUUGUGUUAAAGUGGGGAGGUGAACUGACUCCAGCAGGACGAGUACAGGCUGAGGAGCUGGGUCGAGCCUUCCGCUGCAUGUACCCUGGAGGUCAAGGGGAUUAUGCUGGCUUUCCUGGCUGUGGCUUACUUCGGCUACACAGCACCUAUCGGCACGAUCUUAAGAUUUACGCCUCUGACGAGGGCAGGGUGCAGAUGACCGCAGCCGCUUUUGCUAAGGGUUUGUUGGCACUGGAGGGUGAGUUAACACCCAUCCUGGUGCAGAUGGUAAAGAGUGCCAACAUGAAUGGCUUGCUGGAUAAUGACACCGAUUCACUAAGUGGCUGCCAGCAGCGUGUCAAAGCCAGGCUUCAUGAGAUCAUGCAAAAAGAUCAAGACUUUACUGAUGAAGAUUUUGACAAGCUGGCACCAACCAACAGCACAUCUCUGGUGAACUCUAUGAAGGCUGUUGAGAAUCCAGUAAAGACGUGUGACAAGGUGUACAGCCUAAUCCAGAGCCUCACCUGCCAGAUCCGCAAGAAACUUGAAGUCCCCAAAUCUGCAGAUUUGCAGCUGUACCACAGUGAGACUUUAGAGAUGAUGCUGCAGCGUUGGUCUAAACUGGAGAGGGACUUUCGCAUGAAGAGUGGACGCUAUGACAUCAGCAAAAUCCCAGACAUUUAUGACUGUGUGAAAUAUGACGUUCAGCACAACAGCUCCCUAGGCCUGGAGGACACACUGGAACUGUUCACCCUCUCCCGAGCGCUGGCCGACGUUGUCAUUCCGCAGGAAUAUGGCAUUAAUAAGAUGGAGAAGUUGGACAUAGCAUAUGGCUACUGUCUGCCUCUGAUCAAAAAGAUACAGCUGGACUUGCAGAGGACUCAUGAGGACGAGUCUGUCAACAAGCUCCAUCCACUGUAUUCGCGUGGUGUGCUGUCCCCGGGCAGGCAUGUGCGCACACGGUUAUAUUUUACCAGCGAGAGUCACGUUCAUUCUCUGCUCAGCAUCUUCAGAUAUGGAGGCCUGCUAAACGAGGAGAAAGACCAGCAAUGGAAGAGGGCUAUGGACUAUCUUAGUGCUGUGCCUGAGCUCAAUUACAUGACACAAAUAGUUAUCAUGCUGUAUGAAGACAACAACAAGGACCCCUCCUCAGAGGAGCGCUUUCACGUUGAGCUGCAUUUCAGUCCUGGGGUUAAAGUGUGUGAAGAGGAGAAUGCACCCAUGGGUUUCGGCUUCCGGCCUGCUUCUGCUGAGAAUGACCAGAAGCAAACUGACCCAGGCAGCUUGGAGAACCUUGUGUGCGAUGAGACGGAUCGAGCUUUGCCUCUCUCUGAGUCAGUUGCUGCUCUGCGCAGAUCCCCUCUUAUCCGAAACCGCAAGACCAGUUCCAUGGAGGUUCUUUCAGAGACAUCGUCCUCUAAAUCAGGCAGCUACCGCCUCUUCCCCUCAUGUUCACGCCAGUCUCCAGAAAUGAAGCAGAGUGGAUUAGGCUCUCAGUGUGCAGGGCUCUUCAGCACCACUGUCCUUGGGGGGUCUUCUAGCGCCCCCAACCUGCAGGACUACGCCCGCACACACCGCAAAAAAUUCUCCUCUGGCAGUUUGACCUAUAAAGAUGAGUUGUUGUCUAUGCCGGCAGUAAAGCGAUUUUCUGUGUCGUUUGCAAAGCAUCCAACUAAUGGAUUUGAAGGCUGUUCCAUGGUGCCCUCAAUCUACCCUCUGGAGACCCUGCACAACUCGCUGUCUCUCAAAAAGGUGGAUGAGUUCCUCACAGCAGUGUGUGAGAAUGCAGGGGACUUGCACACCAGGACCACAAGAGCUUUCUCAGCCGUGUUUGACUCUCAGAACCAUCCCUCAGUGGACUCUUACAUCCCACAGAGAGUGCUGUCCUCCUCUGUAUCUCUGCGCCAACGCUCUGAGCGUCCUCCCUGGUACAGCAGCGGCCCCUCCAGCACGGUAUCCAGUGCCGGACCCUCCUCGCCCACCACUGCAGAUACCUCCCCUCGUUUCAGCUUUAGCGAGAAGACGGCUCUCACCCCACAAAGCAGUGAGGAAAUACACUCGUCCUCUCAUGCUACCAGCCAACCUGCUCCUCCAUCCACAUCUUUGCCUGAAAGCCUUUCUUUGGAGUCAGGCUUUGUCGACGAGCCUCAACCCCAAAGCCUCGAAGGACCCAGUGACCACCCCAUAGACAACACAGCCUCUAUCAAGUCGCCAUUUCCAGGCACCUUAGCACUGGAGCAGGUAGAACAGGGUCAGAGCACCAACAAAGCUGAAAAAGACCCCAGUUCUCCGAGCUCUCUUCAAGCCGAGCUUAGUCUGGCCAUGGAGACCUUAUCCACCUUGUCCAGCUCUGUACCAGGCUCUUUACCAGUGUUAUUGGAGCUCCGUGAGAGCAGCUCAGAGGCCGGUUCUAGCGCACAGACACCCCUGAGCCCUGAUGAGCCUGAAGAGUUCUUCCAGACGCAGGAAACGAUGGAUGUGUGGGGGAACAGCACAGGGAGUCUUUCUUACCCCGUCACUCCUGUCAAAGUCGGAGCUCCACAUGUGUCUGAGCCGUGAAUACAUGCUCACUUUAAAUACGUAGCUUGCAUGCUAAUCCAUGCUCUUUACGCUAUAGUGCCUCUGACCUCAGGUCAAGUCCUACAACUUUUAAUGGACCUAAAUGGAGAUGUUGAGGACUUACAAGUAGAAAGGAUUCUGCCCAGAUGUUUUGUGGAAAUGGAGGCUGUCUGUGUUUGAAGUCUCCUUCUGGAACUCUGCAUGCUAUUUGUUUGAGUGAAGUCUUAGUGCUACUCUUGAACUAAAAGCUGAGACACACCAAGCCAACUGCUACCGGUUAGCCGCUCAAAUACAGUGACUGAAUUUAAUUCUUUGUUAGGGGUGUAUUGAUACUCAUAUUAAUGCUUGUUUAUUUUUUAAUAAUGCAUGCUGUGAAUCCAAAUGAAGCAAUCUGUCUGAUUUCUGCAGUGUAGAGAACAUGAACAAAAUAGCAAACAGAAUUUUUAAAAAGCCAUGAUUCUGCAUUUUCUGAAAUUUUGAGGAAUACACCUCACUGUUGCUUUUUUUUUUUAAUUAACUGAUAUUUGAAGUACAUUAAAAGUAAAAAGCAAACAUAGGGCACUCUCUGGAUCAAAGUGCUGCCCAGCUGCCAAUCAUGGGUCCCUCUUUUAAUUGUGUUUGGCUGCCAUAUUAUGUUACAUAGGCUGUAUUUGGACAAAAUGCUUUAGGUAAUCUGGAGGAAACAUGUUAGCACUAACUUUGAUACGGCAGACCCAAACGAUUAGAAGUACGCAAUAAUGACAUUUACAGAAAAUUAAGUUUAUAUGGUUAUUUAUGAGCCUUUAUUCCUAAAAAAAAUGGCAAGGUGGUCCAUUUAUAUUGUUUAUUUAUUCAGCUUGGUGUGUCACAGCCUUAAAUCAUUUUAAGGAUUUCUCAUUGGCUUCGUGUUGAUGUCGGAAUGCGUUUCUUCAGAGGCCCUGCUUGUGAGUGUAACCUCUUUGUACUGUGGCUAUAAGUGCAAUAUUCAUGGCCAGUGACCAAGGGCAUCACAGCGGAAGGUGCACUGAAUCCAUGCUAUCAGUUGUGUAUUGAGAAUAUAUGGUGUCCUAAUUGUGCUUUUUCAAUCAUAAAACCGUAACAUUUUUUUGUUAAAUAUCAUUUAUAAGUAUUCUAGUUAUUUAUAAUUGUUUUAUUCAUGGCUUUGGCCUCUAGAGUUGCAUUGUUCCAACAAGGCUAGAUCUAUAAACAUGGCACUUUGCAAAUGACAAAUUUCAAAUUAACAUCCAGUGAAACUUAUUGUGCAUUUGAUUGGAAAGUGAUAUUGUAAAUAAAACUAACCCUUAACAUGUCAAAAAGCUCAGGACUAAAAAUAAUUUAUUGAUAAAGUAAAACAUUUUUAGUAAAUUCUAAAUAAAGUCGCACACUAGAAUGGUCCAGUUUUUCUGUCCAGUUUACUGACAUUUUAUGUUGGGGGAUUGUAACUGACACAACAAACAAAGGAGCAUUUGUAAUGUCUUUUUAAGAUCACAAGUUUAAUUCCUGACGAUUUUUAAUCCAUCUGUUGCUGCAUUUCUAAGACGGCACACUUGACCUUGCUGUCUGGCUGGGAUGGAGGGCUGUUAGUCAAAAAACACUAGCCAUACUUUUGGAUAUUUUAACUUCCUAGUAAUGUAUGAGCUACACAGAGAACUGGUGGCUGAGUUUAUAGGUCCCUCACUUUUCCGAAACAGAAGUUGUUGUGUGCAAAACUUUAUUUGUGGUUGGAAUUUGCUUAAAAACGUUUUUAAAAAGUUAUGCUUAAUUAAUGUCUAACUUUUCUAAAUUACUUCACAGUGUGGAUGAAAACAGGACUAAAAUUACAGCCUAGUGUAGAUUUAUACCUUUAUUUAUUUAAUGUUUUUUUGGCCAAAGCUUCCAAUGCCACAGUCAUAACUUAUUCAAUCAUAAAGAUCUACAUACAUUAUAUAAAUAUAUAUUUGUCAGCUACCACAAAGCAUAUUUUAAUAUAUAAAUUUAACACAUUAAAAUGGAUCAUUGGUUUUAUAUUUUUCUAAAAACAUAUAGUUUUACUCAUGUUAUCUUUCUAAAUUUCAACUUUGCAUAAAAAAUACUGAUUUUCUACAGGCACUUUUGCUCUGCUUUGUACAGAGACGACCAGUGUAUACAUUUCUGUUUGUUGUUUUUAAAAGGCAAUAGAGAUCUUACCAAUGAGAAAAGAUAUUAUUGACUAUUACUCAGUAAAUGUGCUGCUGAUCAGAUCUUUGCACUGUAAAAGACGAUGCUUACUGUUGACACAAGCACAAAUAUAGUCUGUAAAGAAAUAGUGGCGAUCUACAGUCAUUGUUCAUCUAUAGCUGGGCAUUAUCAUAAAGCAUGACAUGGGAAAAACACCUGCACUACUGUGCUGAAGCAUUGUAAAAGGAACUACAGAAGUGUGAACUAUUUGCUAAAAAGACAUUUUGUUGCAAUUUACCAACAGUUUUAAUUGCGAUGAACAUGAGAUAGAUACACGGUGUAAAAGUCUUAUUUUGCUAAAUGUUUAUUUGUUUAAUAAUCACUGACAUUAAAGUAUAUUAAUAACAGGUAUAACUGAGAUGUAGUGCUGCUGGUGCUGUGUAUGCAGUCUGUGCAGUAUAUAUGUAUGUAUGUGUAUAUAUAUAUAUUUUGCCAUUUUUUAUUGUUCCUAGAAGAAUGUUAUUAAUAAAAGUUGAUGUAUGA